AUGGUGGUUCGCUUGCGGCUGACGAGAUUGGGAUGCAAGAAUAAGCCUUUCUACAGACUAACGGCGGCGGAUAGCAGAUCUCCGAGGGACGGCAAGCAGUUGGAGGUCUUGGGCUACUACAAUCCCCUCCCCGGCCAAGAUGGUGAUAAAAGAAUGGGUAUCAAUUUUGACAGAGUGAAGUAUUGGCUUUCGGUUGGUGCACAGCCCUCAGAGCCCGCCCAACGCCUUUUGUUCCGAUCUGGUUUGUUGCCACCUCAGCCAGUGCUUGCCAUGGGUCGGAAGGGGGGCCCACGUGACAUGUGCCCGGUUGACCCAAUGACUGGACGUGUUAUGACUGAGGAGAAACGAGCCAAUAAUGCUGCUUCGAGGACCUUGGAGUUGGCACGUAUUCUAGCUGAUAAUGAGGAUGAAAAUUGA